AUGCCAAAGAGACCAUCCACCGCCCACUAUAACUUUUCCAACUAUGCACAUUCGAUAUUCAUUUUAAUGCUCUGGGUUCUCCCCAUUAAUAUUCUCGUUCUCCUGGUUUGGGCGCAUAACCUUGUGGUACACUGGUUCAUGCCAUUCUCGUCGCACCAUAACGUGCUGUCCAUCAUGCCAUUCAUCCUCCUUGUCGAGACUAUGACUACUGGAUCUAUGGUGCCCAGAGUUACCACUCGUCUCCGACACAUUACAUCAAUCCUCUUCUUUUCCAUCGCGACAUAUUCAGCGGUCUAUGGAGUAUCCUACGCCUACCUACUACACCACCUAGUCAACAUUCUCGCCGGCUGGCUCGUCAGCAUCUAUCUCUUCCGCAGCGGCUUCUCGUUGCGUCGCUUCUGGAAGAUUGUCGAAGGCGAAGAAGGAACUCCGAACAGCCCUGAAGCAGGAAGCCACACGAAGAAGAAGCCAUGA